GAACCUGUAGUGUGAGGGGCUGGGGGUGCCGGGGCUGGUGCUGCCCCCCCACAGAGGAGGGCACUGUGGGUUAUAUGUUUACAUCCAGAGUCCUAUGAAUAGACUCAGCCUCUGUCCUGUACUGUGUACACUGCAGGCCUGAGGUACGUUCUCUCUACUCAUAACAAGGGGGAUGAGGUGCCUCUCCGUAUGUGGAAGACGUGAUCAGAUUAAAGGGCCAGGUGUGAAAACUUUGCACACAUCAUACACUCUGACAUAUUAAGAUGGGUAUGCGAAUCAAACUAAACAGCAGCGACCAUCCCAGCAACUUGCUACGUGAGCUGAAUAAAUCUCGCUUGUCAGGGACACUUUGCGAUGUUACUGUUGUUGUUGGAAACCGGUCCUUCGCUGCCCAUAAAGCUGUGCUUGGUUCUGCAGCGGUUUAUUUUCAAAAAUUGUUCUCAAGCACAGAUUUAGACGUUGCUCGAACGUACGUUGUGGAUUUCAUCACACCAGCCAAUUUUGAAAAAGUGCUAAACUUUAUCUACACUUCUGAGCUAUUUACGGACCUUAUCAAUGUGGGAGUUAUCUAUGAAGUCGCUGAGAAGCUUGGCAUGGAGGACCUAAUAAAUGCCUGCCAUGCAACCUUUCCUGAUCUUGAGGGUUCCUCCAGUCAGAAAUAUCAGUGCUCAGUUUCCUCUAGCGAGGGACGGUCCAGCACAUCAGCUGAACCCAAUCCAGUAGAAUCAAGGGGCAAUGGGCUAGAUAACCACAUCCCUCCUAUAGACAAAAAUUUUAGUGCACCAGGAGAUGGAACUUGCUCUUUCAAAGGAGAAGACCAGGAGCCUAAUAUAACUCAAAUAGCACAUUUUCCACUGCCGGCAAAAACUGAAGAAGAAAGCACCUCGGCAAGGUUCCAGUCCUCUCAUUGCUCGGUGAACACUGGAUUUGGUCCAACAAGUACUUGUCCUCCUUAUAAAACUCAACAGAAUGGGGAUUUUAACAAAACUGGUUACUUUCCUGGUGAUUCAGCUGUUAGUGCUAAUUCAAAAGAAUCUGCUGGUGGAUUUGAAGCAAUGGGUGACCUCCAUCUUGAUGAAUUAGAAGAGGAAGAGCUACAGUUUGAUGAAGCAGGCGAUGAAGACUCCGGGCCAUCUGGGGAAAUUAUUGAGUUGAGCGACGGUAGUGAAGAUGAGCUUUUAUUAUUUGGACAGGGAGAAAGUCGAAGUGGUAAAGCCAUGCCCUGCCAAAUUUGCAAGAAAGUAUUAGAACCUAACCUUCAGCACAUCCGUCAACAUGCACGGGAACAUAUAGAGCUUCGCAAUGGUAGUUGCAAAGUCUGUCAGGCUCGCUUUCAUGAUCGGAGUGCUAUGAUCACUCAUGUUUUGUCUCACAUUGGCAUCUUUCUUUUUUCUUGUGAUAUGUGUGAAGACAAAUUUUUCAGCCAGUGGCAACUCACCCUACACAGAGGACAAGAAGGGGUUACAUCAGAGCAUAAUAUAAUAGUUCAUCCAGGUCAACCUCUCCCUGGGGAGGUGAAUACAUUUGUGGGAGCAAUGGGUACUGAACUGCCAUGUGGUGCAUGCCAUAGAACCAUGUUACGUGAUUUUCAUUCUGUACGUUCUCAUGCUUUGGAGCACCUUAACACCAAAAACUUGUCCUGUGGACUAUGUGAACAGCGACACCUAACACUUUGUGGUCUUAUGUGGCAUGUCUUAUCUCACAUGUCCGUAUCUGUUUUCUCCUGUUCUGUGUGUGCCAGUAGUUUCCUUGACCGCCACUUAUUGGAGAAACAUAUGACAGUCCAUCAGAGUAUGGAUGAAGCAUUAUUUCGCUGUCAUCUUUGCUCCCAAGGUUUUAAGUCUGAAAUAACUUACCGACAGCACUUGAACCAGCAUCGUUGUGGAAGUAUUCCAGCUGAUCGUCCUGGAUUUUCAGAAUUUUCCCAAAUGCAAGCUCAAGUGUCAAAGAGAAAAGUUCCAGAGGAUUUUUCAGUAGACGAUCAUUCAGUUAGUGGACAACCAGCCCACAGCAAAUAUACAUGUAAGGUUUGUGGAAAGUGCUUCUCUCAUACCAGUGAAUUUAAUUACCAUCGACGCAUUCAUACUGGGGAAAAGCCGUAUCAGUGCAAAGUGUGUCACAAGUUCUUCCGAGGCCGCUCUACCAUCAAGUGCCACUUGAAGACACAUGCUGGGGCUCUUAUGUACCGAUGUACUGUAUGUGGACACUACAGCUCCACCUUAAACCUCAUGGGUGAGCAUAUUGCAGUGCAUCGUGGCAACCUGCCUUCAGACUUUACCAUUGACCAAACAUUUAUGUAUACAAUUCACUCCAAAGAAACAGACAAGAGUGCUGAUAGCUGAUAUGUUUUGAAGAACAUGUCACAGAGCUGUCAAUUUAUUUUACAUCGCUCUCACCUCAUUGCUAAGCUGUUUAAUGUUUGCUACUAAAAUUAAUGCUUUUCUGUGUAUUUUAUUUUUAAUUUAUCCUUUUUCAACCACAGGGCCCCAACAAUAACUGUUCAGUUUCAUGGUUGGACUUUUAUAAUUAUAUCAUUUGUCUCAAUGGACAAAUGGAUUGGGUGAUGUAAUUGUUGUGUAGGUCAGAAUGUAAAAAAGUAUACAGCCAAACUAGAUUUCCUUACUUAUUUUUCUAGUUUUAGUGAACAUUGUGUACUUUCUCAUUUAUUUGUUUAUCCUGUUAACAGCAGGAUAUGUCUAUUAAUAUAAUAGUUUUAAUUUUUUUUUUAUUUAAAGGGAAAAUUUCAGUCAAAAGAGGGAAGUAUGAACGUAUGUCCUGUCCUGUACAUUUUUUAAGCUAACAGACAUCACUCCCGAUCUCCCAAUGACUAAUAUUGGUGCACACUCAGCGUGUACAGAAUGUCUAUCUCUCCAUUUGCAUACAUCUAUGUAUGCAAAAGCAUUCUGCUCAAACUUGACACUCUUUUUUGGCAUGAGUCAGGCCAAAUAAAAGGUGAUGUACUCAUUUAAUGUAUACAUACACCCUGGCAAAUAUAGCAAAAACUCACAAAGUGGUGUGAACAGAGCCUUAUUCCAGACCAGGAAAGAUUUUCUGCAUAUAAAUCCUUUCUCUGCAGAGUUUAGGUGGCACACUCAGGUGUUUCCCUUUGGGAAAAGAUGUAUCUUGUGACCUAAGUAAAACAAAAAAGGGGUUUAUACAUCUUCACCACAAUUCCACACCCCAUAUUUACGAGUGUGCUAUUGGUAUUCUACAUUUUAUUAAUGUAAAAUUACUUGUUGACUGGGUUUUUUCCUUAAAGGGGUACUCCGCUGCUCAGCAUUUGGAACAAACUGUUGCGAAUGAUGGAGACGGCGCCGGGAGCUUGUGACGUCAUAGCCCCACCCCCUCAUGAUGUCACACCUUGCACCCUCAAUGCAAGUCUAUGGGAGGAAUUUGUUCCAAACGCUGAGCAGCGGAGUACCCCCUUUUUAAGUUGGUCUCCUUUCAAGGUAGCAGUACAUUUCUGAUGGGUUUUAGUACUGCACCAGCUAUCUUUUUAAUGUUCAGUGUACACAAAUCAUUAUGAAGUUCUUGAAUCUACUCAUAAGGUAUAUUUCUUAUCAAAUACCUCAGACCAUGUAGACCUCAAAAGCACAAUCUCCUAUAUGUAAUAUUCACAAAUAUGUACGGUGUUAUGAGUCUUGCAUUAUGAAUGCUUUAGUUUGAGGAGAGAUUUUCCCCACAGUAAAAAUACAGCUUUCAUAACCAGAUAAGGUGGACAUGCUAUGUACACCAUUGUCUUUAGCGUCCCUUACGUAUUUGUGAAGGUUAAAUGUUUUUGUUUGACAUCUUUAUAGGCUGAUAUAUUUUUUACAUAUUUUGAAAGGGGUGUAUAGGUUUGUUGUGAAAUAAAAUAUACUUACUGUUAGUACAAAGGUCUAAAAUAUGUUUCGUAAAGAUCUUCAGCCGACCAAAAAAGAUACCAGCCGUCCGUGCCAUGACUGCUCUUUACCACGUUUUUGAACAAAAAGAUAGCCAUGAAAAUGCCAGUUGUCUCCUUUUUUACCUAAAAAGUUACUUUUAUAGUGUGCAAAAUAUAGGAAUACCUAUGUGGUAUUCCAUGUUUUCAUUUGCCUCCAUUGUAUUCUAAAUGCCUGUUUUACAUGAAUUCUCUCCUAUUCAAAUGUACAUAAGUAGGACUCGUAUUACAAACAUUAAGGUAGAUUCACUUAUCACAUUUGAGGCACAUGCAGUUUGCCACAUUAGGUGUUUUAACCACACUUUGUACCUCCAAUAAACAAGGGCCAUAACCUGAUAUGUGCCACACUGUAGCAAUGUUUUUUCAGCAAAAAAUUAGCCUAAAGUAAGCUAACCAAAAGAUGGAUAAAACAUUAGAAAUGUCUAACUGCUCAUGCAUGUUAAUUUGAUGCAUCUUUUUAAAAGCUUUUGAAGAAUCUUUUUUUAAAGAGUUAGUUCCCCUUUCUUCCAGCAGUAGCAUGCCUUUAAACUUCCUGGACAGUCUCAUAGCCCCAGAGUUGUUUUGAGAAUGGCAUGAUCAUGUCCCAUAGAUUUGCAUGAAACCUCUGGCGACAGACUUCUGGGAAUCCAUCUGAUCAUGCGAGUCUUGGAGCAAUUCUCAGGCUACUAGAUUGCGCAGAAGGUUUAAAGGUAUCCUGCCGCUGAAGCGAAGGGGUACUAACUUUUUAGGUGUAACUAAUUUAAUGAAACUUCUGACUGCCCCUACAGCUGUGACUGUCUUUUUAUAGAGAAGCGGGGUUAAAAGUGUGCAAACUAAUAGAUAUGAUUGCCAAUCUCGUUGCUCAGCACUCAUUUAAUGAUCCUUUUAUACUAUUUGAUGAUCAUGCAGGCAGGGAUGCAAAGAUGACAUCUACUAGAUUGUUUGUGCUGCUCGUUACCUCUAUCAUUCCUUGGUCACACACAACCUAUUACAUGGAGAGAUACACAGUUGAUGAAUGAAGUUUUUUUUUUUUUUUUUUUAACCUGCUAAAAUUUAUGCAAUGAGCUCCACAACAAGGGUUUGCUCGUUCGUCAGCUUCUGGGCCUAUUACCCAGGGCAAUACUGGCCUGUUCAGCUGAUAAUUCCCCCAUGUAAUAGGGCCCUUAUGACAGAACUCAUCUAAAAGCUUCUUCCCUUUUUACACGUCCUAUGGGAAGUUUCAUGAAAUGUUAGUAACACUCCAACUCCUUCUGUUGGUACAAACAGAACAGGUAAAACUCAAUGCGUGCUGCUUGGCAAACACUUAUUGUCAAUCGCUUUGGUAAAGUUUUGGAAAAUGGGGGUGUGUUCAUCCAGAGUGAAAACCUAUUGCUAUAACUUUUUGUGUAUGUUAGAAGUAUAGGGUCUGGUUUCAUUGCGUCAAUAAUAAUUACACACACAAAAAAAAAAAAAACAGACUUCUGUGUUUCGAAGCCUAUGUGAAUGGUAAUUAGGAUGGGAAAGAAGGAUCAGGUAUGUUGAAGUUCAACAUGCCUUAUCCUAUGUUGCCGUGGAAGAUUAGCUGCUAACAGAGCAGUCUAGCAGUAACUUUCUAUUUAAAAUAAACACUCAUGGUUAUCAGUCAGCCCAGAUCUUGAUUGUGAAGCCAUUCAGCAGAUGACUGCAUAAUAUUAGAAGGUUAAUAAAAAAAUCUUCAUUAGUCAUCUGCAGAUCUCCGUAGGAGACUCCACCAUAGUUUUAUUUUUGUUGGAUCAUCCAACCUAUUCGAAUAUUCUGGCAUCUUAUAGGCAUUAUACUGUAUCCAAGAUCCUGUCUGUAUGGCCAUGCUUAGGACUGUAAUAAAUAUAUUACAGUGCUGACAAAGUUGUGAUGGCCAGAUUAGCAAUUAGAACAUUUGUAGACCUCCUUUUUAAAAACAAUCCAAAAAUUAAGGAAAGAAUAACAAUGCAAGGUACCCCCAAAUCUCCAAAUAUUUCCUUUUUUUUAGCCUUGGUCUAAUGUCACUAAUAUAUAACAAUUAGUGUAAAACACUGUUUGGCCAUCAAUCAUUUAAAAUUCUAAGAAUAAAAUGUCAUUAGGAAUGUGGUUACUGUUUAAGGCUCUGUUUUCACUUGGCAGUUUUUUUUUGUAUUACUGCCGCUGCAGUUUUUGAGCCAAAGCCAAAAGUGUAUUUAAAUGGAAUGGAAGACAUAAAGGAAGGACGUAUAACUCUCUUUACUACUGGAUCCACUUCUAACUUUGGCUCAAAAAAUACAGUUUCUCCAAAGAAACACGGGAAAGAAACCAGUGUGGAAACCUAGCCAAAGGGUAGGGUCCCACGUAGUGUAAACAUUGUGCAUUUGACGCACAUGCGUUUUUCACUGCUAGCAAAGUAUAUGGGUGUUUAUUAUUACUCCCAUAGAAUUUGCUAGCACAGAAAAAAGCAUGUGCGUCAAAUACGUGUGACUCUACCCAAACAGUGAUUUUUGUGAUUUUCCCUAACAGUGGGAUAUUUUCCCUGGUCACCACACUAGAGGAUCUAUGCGGACAUAAAACCACUAAUGGAUGUUUUCACCACCAAAUGUCCACCAUAAAGUUGUUUUAAGGUUUGGUUAAUUUGCUUGCCCCGCCAGUGUAAACUGACAAACCUUUGUACAGUGUUUAGUCUGAUGCAUGCGCCAUAGUUUUUGAGGAGGUUAUAUUGUAUAACUUGGCACUUUUCUUUAGCCAUGCAUAAAGUAAUGUCUUGAACUUUAUCUCAUCAGCAUAGACAUUAGGAACCCGUGAACCAGUGAAACCAAUCCAGGAACCAGUUAGAACAUUUAGGCUGUGUUGACAUUGGAAGGAAUUUAUCAUUGCUUGACCCAAGAAAGUUAGAGUAAAAAAAAGUCUACAUUUUCUGUGCAAACCACUAAAUAUUCUUAAAGGAUAUAUUAUUAUUUUUUUCUUUAAUGCACUGAAAAAUUAUUCAUUUAUGUGUGCUUUUUAAUGUGUUUAAAUUUUAUUUUUAUUUUUUGCUUUGUACCCAUUGUAAGACAUAGUAGUUGACCAAUCAAAACAGUGCAUCUUAGAAAUGCAUAAAAAUAAAAAAUAAACUAUUAGGAAAUUAUUUGUUGCAUUGGGUACCUGGUACAUAUUUGUCCAGUCAUAUUUUAGCUCCCUUAUUAAGAGGGAUCUGUCGGCGAUUCUGACACAUGUUUUAGUAAAGAAUUCUUCAUUAAAUGGCAAUUUGUAAAAAAAUGUUCCUAGAGUUCUCCAUUAGAUAUUAUUCCAUGUCUUUUACAUACCUCUUGAAAAUAUAUGAAUAAGUUAUCAUUUGGGUGUUACCAUUGCCCUUGUCAGCAGAGUGCAUGAUCCACCACCAAGGCGAAUGGUAAUAGAGGAAUUACACAAUGCAGAGUUGUAGGAAAAGGUGCUCCAGUUCUAAGGGUUCUUUUAAAAUGCCUUGUCUAACCUCUAAAAAGAACAUGAUGGCUUUGAAUGUAGAGCCGGUGACAGUCUUAGUUGUUUACUUACUCAGCAAACACCUAUUAUAACUUUUAAUAUAGUGCCACAAAAGUAAAUUACUUGUGCCCUCAAAGUGAUCUCUGAUUCGUAUUAACUGAGAAGACACAACAUACACAACAUUUUCUUUUAUAUUAAACACGUAGGUUAGAGCAACACAGUCAUUCUAUUCGCAGUCUUUUUUUAUUUAAUAGAAUGCUGGACAAUGUAUCCCUGGAUUUAAAGUACAGUAUAGUGGUACAUUGCAGGCUUUAUCAGUGGCUAUAGUAGUUUAGAUGUAUGUUUUUCUUCUAUGUGGAGUGUGUCCCUGUCUCUGACCCUGAAAGAAUAGGUUGGGUAUUCAUCAUAAUGAGGUAUAAAAUAAGUUCCAGUGGUCCUGUCAGGGCAGUAUCUGCACUGUGACCAUCUGAUGGCUACAUAAGUAGUGUGAUUAUUCAUCCGUCCAUGCAAAUUUUGAAGUAUUAACUUUACUAACAUUCAUCCACGUUUGAGUAGACCUUUACAUAGGUUAUAAAGUUAUGCUGCACUGUUUAUAUUAACAUACAUGCUGUUCUUCUCUUCGGCACUGUCAUACAAUGCUUUCACAUAUAGUGGUACUUGCUCUGGAUCUGUCAGCUGACUAUGCUCUACUGUGUAUGGGCAGCAUAUUACAGCUACUGGUCCAUACUCCAGCCCAAAACUCCUGCCAAAAAUGUUUUAAUAUUUGGCUAACAGGAGCUCUAAAAGAAUAAUAAUAUUUAAUGAAUAAAGAAUACCACAGACUUAUAGUUGUGAAUCUGCUGUAUUCUUGGGGAGGGCACCGCUUUCAUCUUUCCUUGACCUGCAGCGUAGUGUGUGAUAGGCUCUUGUGUAUCCAUCUGUCCUGCCUCUUUAAAUUCCUAAAACAACUGCUCAGAAUGAGGUAAAAAAAAAAAAUAAUAAUAAUAAUAAUUUACUCAGCUGAUGGCACUCCUAUUCCAACUCUUGAUGGGUUCUAAAGUUCCUGGACCCUCUUAUCAUGAACGAGUGACUGCUAGAGUCAAUCACAAGACGAGUCAUAACAUUGAAGUGCAAUAUUUUAGAUAUCAAGACACUUUCGGUACAUCAUAGUGAAGUAACCAUUACCUAAUCAUGUGAAAAAAGCAAAGUUCUUCUUGACUGUCAAACCUAGUGCCACGUAUCUAAAUUUCUGCGUAUGUUUUUAAGAACAGUAAAAAGCAGACAAAUGCUAUUUUCAAAAUGGUUAAUUUGUAUGAAUUUAUACAAUGUAUACAGUGUACCACCCAUGGGGUUCAUGCAUUUAUUGCUGUAAUAUUUCUGGAAUCGUCAAGGAAACAUGUCAAGCUGAAAAUGCAACCUCAGAUCAAUUUGUAUAGUUUUGUGGGAAAACCAUUUAGUAUCGCUUGACUUUUUUUAAAUUAUUCAAAUCUGAGCUUAGGAGUCCAGUGGGUGGUUCUAAUCAGUGACUGAAUCUUUCUUUCAAUAUGUGUAGGUUUAUGGAAAACUGCUGCAUUCUUCCUCCAAUUUAGCACAAAAAUUCUAUCUGACCACACCUUGUGCAUACAACCAUAUUUUAAAGGAGAUAUACAGCAACAAUUAACUUGUCCACAGGAUAGGGAAUGAGUAGCUGAUCGGGGAGGAACCACGCGCAAUCUCCAGAACGGGACCCAGUGCUCAGUGAGGAGCAUGUGCUGCAGGCAGCACACACACUAUUAAUUUCUAUGGUAGUGAUGAACAGACUCUAGUACAGCACUCGGGCAUCAUCAGUGCUUCAAUAGAGCUGAAUGGAGCGUGUGCUGUCUACCGGUAGACAACAUGCACUCCUCACUGAGAGAGACCCAGGGUCCUAGCUGUAGGACCUCCCCCUGAUCAGCUACUUAUCCCUUUUUUUGUGGAUAGGGGAUAAGUACAUUUUUACUCGCGUUCUCCUUUAAGUCAAAUACAGAGUUAGACCUGUGCAGCACUAAGCAGGACCAUUUUAGAUCUGCCCUGAGAGCCAUGACAGAGAAAUAAGGAAGUGACAUCCAUUAUAAUACAUGGGCAGCCCUCUGUAUGGGCACUGGCUACCCAAGCAUUAUAAUGGAUGCAGAAAGAGAACUAGAUGCUUGGAACAACUCCCUUGGAUGCCACAUUUGGAUGGUAAGUUAAUCUCGUCUGGGGUGAACCUAUAUCCAUAUGAUAACAUACAAGCUGACAGACCAGUGAUUUUGAUAAAUAUCAGUCUUUAGUGUUUCUAAUACAAAGGUUGAAUAAUCUGGGUUUAUUAAGAAAAAAUGUUUUGUUAUAGGAAGAGGCACAUUUCAUAAUCUCCUCCUAUGUAUAUAUGUAUAUGUUUUGUAUUGAAGGAACAUGGAAAAUUUGA